AUGGUUGGAGCAACGACGGUCGUGCCUCCGACCAACGAAACUGGAGUGUGUGAAGAGACCAUCUGCUCGAAGUUGGAGUAUUACGAUAAGCUGAAGCAAAAGUGUCGUGACUUUCCCGGUGGAGGGUUUCUUGUCAUUAUGGAUCAUUCCACUAAAUGUGCCAACGGAGACAGUGGUUUGCACACUUUUAGCCGGCGAGACUUUUACUACGUAUGCCACCCGGAUGGGGUAAUGAUCGGGGUCUGCCCGGACAAUACGGUUUUCAGUGACACAGAAAAACGCUGCAUUGGGGAGACGCUGAAUCAACCGAACACGAUCAAGGUGCACGAUGAGUCACAGAACUGUAACAUCAUCGUGCCGGAUUGUAGCGGUGUGGGACUUUUCCCCAUACCUUCCAACUGUUCGUUCUACUUCAAAUGUCAGGAGUACAACUACAACUUCCACCAGUACGUCUAUCAAUGCCCGCCGGGGACGUUUUUCCAUCCUGAUCUACAAAAGUGCUCUUCCACGAAUAAGUGCUAUGAAGCUCAGGAGGAGAUCCUGCACAACUUCAGCAAAGAGUAUUUCCCCGAGUGUCUCAUUUAUGGUCAGUUCCGUACGGCGAAGGAUUGCACGCUGUACUAUCGCUGUGUUCCGAACAUUGACGGUUCCUUCUACCAGAUUCGCUACGAAUGUCCCUACAAGAUGAGCUACAACAUUGAGAAGGAACUUUGUGUCCCCGAACAUCUGCAGUGCUGCGAGUACAUUCCGCACGAAAGAAUAAUAGAGCAGUAUAAGGUGCAGCAUAGCAUUGACUCCACUACACUGCUCCCCCAACCGACGACUGUGAUCAGUGCAAUCAACACGAAGAUCACUUCCAGCAUUCCAAUGUACUACGACACGACACAACCACUCCCGUUGGACGAUGCUCUGUCGCUGGUUCGAGAGACAAGUGCAAGCUAUGCCACCACGACCACACAAGCAGUAUCAGAUGAGGACGCAGUGAUCAUGAAUGUGACUCCCGACUAUGAUGAUUAUGCGUAUGAAUUGGAUGACAAUGAUACUUCACAAGCACCUUAUGCUUCAGAAGAACCAGCAGAGCAGAUUUAUUCUACACCUGCUUAUAGUGAAGAGGCUCUAACUACCAUUGAAGAGUAUGCUCAUGAGUCGAGUAUAGAACCGGGAUCAUAUACUUCCGAUAGUGAUACUGCCCCAAUGUCAUCAGACAAGCCACGAUCAACGUCACAUCCCGGUUACGAUUUCUUGGAAUGGGACGAUGAUGCUUGGGACAUUCCCGACCGAGUUAGAGCUACUCAAACUCCACCAACGACGACUCUAUAUGAUGAAGAGAUAACGAACUACGAUGGAACUGAAUCGAAUGUUGAUGCGUACAGUACUGAAGGUAUCACUGACUCUCCUGACCAUUAUCCCACGAGUGAACCGUACGUGAAUCCGGCUUCAUUAGCCCCAUAUGAUGGAUUGGAAAGUGAAAUGCUUUCUUACGGCACAGGAGUGAAUCAAAAAGAGGAAAGCUCCUAUGUGACGACUUCUCCGGAGCUUGAGGAAACUGUGAGCGAAUAUUACACCAAUCAAAGCGCCACCGCAGAGCAAACAUACGAUUCACAAACAGAAGCAGCAGACAGGUAUACAGAAGAAGCAAUAUCUCCAAUGAAUACUGAGCCGGCUAUAGAAAUAAACUGCACCAAUGAUAAGGAUGGAGAAAUUGUGUGCAAUGGCCAGAAGCUAAGCGUAAACGGAUACCUGGAGCUGCUGGGAUAUGCUUUGCAGCUAACAAAGUGGCAAGACUUGCCGGAUGAGCCAACAACAGCGCUGAAACCGAAUUUAAAGUUUCAUCUGACGUUGGAGUAUCCUUGUAAUUAUAUAUUUAAGGCGCAAGCGAUUGAUUAUCGAACGUCCUAUAGCUAUGAGUUAACAUCUUCUGCAGCGACAGAACCAACAACGGAAGAAAUGAGAACAUCAAAUAAUGAAUAA